AUGUCCAAGCCUCUGACAGACCAGGACAAGAGGAAGCAGAUCUCAGUGAGAGGACUAGCCGGAGUAGAGAACGUCUCAGACCUGAAGACCAACUUCAACAGACACCUCCACUUCACCCUGGUGAAGGACAGGAAUGUGGCCACCAAGAGGGACUACUACUUCGCCCUGGCCAACACGGUGCGGGACUUCCUGGUGGGCCGAUGGAUCCGGACUCAGCAGCACUAUUAUGAGAAAGACCCCAAACGUGUUUACUACCUCUCCCUGGAGUUUUACAUGGGCCGGACUCUGCAGAACACCAUGGUUAACCUGGCUUUGGAGAACGCCUGCGAUGAAGCCACAUACCAGCUGGGUCUGGACAUGGAGGAGCUGCAGGACAUCGAGGAAGAUGCCGGUCUAGGCAACGGUGGGCUGGGACGUCUGGCAGCUUGUUUCCUGGACUCCAUGGCCUCUCUGGGUUUGGCUGCUUAUGGAUACGGCAUCCGCUACGAGUUCGGCAUCUUCAAUCAGAAGAUUGUGGACGGCUGGCAGGUGGAGGAAGCUGACGACUGGCUGCGCUACGGAAACCCCUGGGAGAAGGCUCGCCCUGAGUACAUGCGCCCAGUGCACUUCUACGGGAGAGUGGAUCACACAGAUGAAGGAGUGAAGUGGGUCGACACACAGGUGGUUCUGGCUCUUCCCUACGACACCCCGGUCCCCGGCUACAGGAACAACAUCGUCAACACCAUGAGACUGUGGUCUGCUAAGGCCCCCUGUGACUUUAACCUCAAAGACUUUAAUGUUGGUGGCUACAUUCAGGCCGUGCUGGACAGAAACCUGGCGGAGAACAUCUCCAGGGUUCUCUACCCCAACGACAACUUCUUUGAAGGGAAGGAGCUGCGUCUGAAGCAGGAGUACUUUGUCGUAGCAGCAACUCUUCAAGACAUCGUCCGUCGAUUCAAAGCCUCCAAGUUUGGCUCCACGGAGUUUGUGCGACUGGACCUCUCUACGCUGCCAGAAAAGGUGGCCAUCCAGCUGAACGACACCCACCCUGCUAUGGCCAUCCCUGAGCUGAUGAGGAUCCUGGUGGACAUCGAGAAACUCACUUGGGCGAAGGCCUGGGACAUCGUGGUUCGGACCUGCGCCUACACCAACCACACGGUCCUGCCCGAAGCCCUGGAGCGCUGGCCCGUCGACCUCUUCCAGAACCUUCUGCCUCGUCACCUGGAGAUCAUCUACGAGAUCAACAGGAGGCACCUAGAGCGCAUCUCCAAGAUGUACCCCGGAGAUGAGGACCGCCUGCGCCGGAUGUCCCUGAUUGAGGAAGGAGACUCCAAGAAAAUCAACAUGGCUCACCUGUGCAUCGUGGGAUCUCAUGCUGUCAAUGGAGUGGCCCGCAUCCACUCUGAAAUCAUCAAAAAGACUGUGUUCAAGGAUUUCUACGAAGCAGACCCUGAAAAGUUUCAGAACAAGACCAACGGCAUCACACCCAGGCGCUGGCUGGUCAUGUGCAACCCUGGCCUGGCUGAGGUCAUCGCAGAGAGGAUCGGUGAGGACUACAUCCGUGACCUGGACCAGCUGAAGAAGCUCCUGGAGUUUGUGGACGACGACACCUUCAUUCGGGAUAUUGCCAAAGUCAAACAAGAGAACAAGAUGAAGUUUUCCGCCUAUCUGGAGGAGCACUACGAUGUGAAGAUCAACCCCAACUCCAUGUUCGACGUCCAUGUGAAGAGGAUCCAUGAAUACAAAAGGCAGCUGCUCAACUGCCUGCACAUCAUCACGCUGUACAACCGAAUCAAGAAGCAACCCAACAAGUCAUGGACCCCCAGGACCGUCAUGAUCGGAGGAAAGGCGGCUCCAGGUUAUCACACUGCCAAGAUGAUCAUCAAGCUGAUCACAUCAAUUGGAGACAUUGUCAAUAAUGACCCUGUGGUGGGAGAUCGCCUCAAAGUCAUCUACCUGGAGAACUAUCGGGUCACUCUGGCUGAAAAGGUCAUCCCUGCAUCUGACCUGUCGGAGCAGAUCUCCACAGCAGGUACCGAGGCCUCCGGCACCGGGAACAUGAAGUUCAUGUUGAACGGAGCGCUCACCAUCGGCACCAUGGAUGGAGCCAACGUGGAAAUGGCAGAGGAAGCUGGAGAGGAAAACCUCUUCAUCUUCGGCAUGAGGGUUCCCGAUGUGGAGGCUAUGGACCAAAAGGGCUAUGACGCCGUGUCGUACUACAACCGUAUCCCUGAGCUGAAGCAGGCCAUGGACCAGAUAUCUGGAGGCUUCUUCAGCCCCAGUCAGCCCGACCUCUUCAAAGACCUCGUCAACAUGCUGAUGAACCACGACAGGUUCAAGGUGUUUGCAGACUACGAGGAAUACAUCAAAUGUCAAGAGAAAGUCAGCGCCCUCUACAAGAACCCUAAAGAGUGGACCAAGAUGGUGAUCCAUAACAUCGCCGGCUGUGGUAAAUUCUCCAGCGACCGCACCAUUACCCAGUACGCCAGGGAGAUCUGGGGCAUGGAGCCCAGUUUGGAGAAGAUCGCCGCUCCCGACGAUCCUCGCUAAAAGCCACGCCUGCCUCCUUCCACCUUACUGUAGCUCACCAUGUGGUCCAAGCACUGAAGAAAACCCCCUGUAGCUUUUAUCACUGUGUACUGUGGCAUUAUUUCUUUACAUUAUUGACGCCCCCAUAUACGACCUCUUAUUACUUCUUGCAGUAACGUGUAUUGACGUGGGCUUUUUCAGAGUCUGUAUUUUCCCCUCCAUGCACCAGCAAUGCAUAUUCUCACUGUUGUAUCUCCACGUCGGCCUUUUAGCGGUUAGGGAACAGCCUCGAUUUCACCUUGGAAUCACGGGAUUCGUAAAAAACAAAUCAAAGAUACACUUCCUUUUUUUGUUAUAGUUCUAUUUUCUAAAGUUUCCUCAGCACUGAUGUUUGGGAAAUUCAAAACAUCGAUCAGGAGCUGAGUGAAAAACCUUUUGAGUGCUAUAACAAAAAUCAGGGAGUGUAUCUUUACAGUGAUUCGAACCACAACUCUAAGUACAUUCCCCUUCUACGCCUGAGCCGAUACGGCUUUCCAAAAACCCAGCAAAUACGCCAACAAACCUCAGCACUGUUACGGUUACAAACAAACCAAGCCAUGUCUUCCAUGGAAGAGAGAGAGGAGCGACACUCCGGGGGUUAAUGUGCACCACAGCCUCAUAGCAGCACUGUGACUGGACGCAGAUUAACAUUAGUGUUUCAUAUUAACAGACUUCCGACUGCCAUGUCAGUGUUUCAUGGUGUUUUGCUGAAUAUAUCCAUGUUUGUGUGUGUGUUAUUAUUAUUAUGGUCAGGGGAGCCACUCUGUGAUGCAGACGUACUGACCAUCAGUUUACCUGUGAUCUCCUCAGCAUGUUAGUGUCUGUCUCAUUCUGCUGUGUGUACGCUCUUCCUAAAAGUGACCUGUGUUAGUAAAAUUAACAAAGCCUUUUCUGCCUAAAACCUAAGUGACUGAAGUCAUCUUUGGAAGAUGUGUGUAUUCUGUAGCGUAGUUGUGUGUAUGUGUGGGUUUAACCAUGACACUGUGGAUAUGUACUGUAACAACAUACUUCAGCUAUACUGCAUUAUGACUGUGUGACUGCUGUGGUGCUGCCUGCAGAGGCUGCAGAGAGAACUGCCCACUACACUGAUGCUAACAUUUCACAUUUCUUUUCUUUUUUUGUCAAUAAAUGACAAAAACUACA